AUGGUCGAUGAACAGCGRGAAAAGAUAGGAGAGAGUCUCCCUGAGUGCACCGGAAGCUUCAUGAAGACUACAGGCAUGCCUUGUGCUCACACUCUUGUGCCACUGAUACAAGGAAACGUGCCCUUGUUGACGAGCCAUUUCCAUCCUCAUUGGCAUCUCCAGCGAUCUGGGAUGCCGCCGCUUGUAUUCGAGCCUCGCAAAGUCGAUGAACGCCGUGCAGCUUCAAAGUCACAGCCGACAUCGAGUACACGGCGAGAUACAUGUGCAUUCGAAGCAGUCGAAAGGGCACUACUUCCUUCAGUGCCCAGGAAGCUACAGACCUGCUCUCGAUGUCACAAGCAAGGCCACAACAGAAGGUCAAGGGCGUGCCCUGAGAAGUAUACUGAAAUGGCAGCAGAGCUUGAGGCCAUGGAAAAAGAACAUGAUACAGCUACAGGGGAGGCCAUAUAUGUAGCAAGCAGGUCCGUAUCUCCUGCUGCAGCUGCAAGCACAACACCACAGGCACAACCGUCUCAGGCCCUCUACUAUCUCCAAGAAGUCGUACAUACGGUAUAUGCARAGUAUCAGGAAUCUCGCAAGGCGUGGUUCAACCAGCAGCCCCCCGGUGCCUCUCUUACCGAUCGUGCCUACAGAGAAGCUGUUGGACUGCCCUCGCGGUAUCCUGCAGUCAAUUAUCGGUGGUGCCGGGAGGAAGGGCAGAUGGGACCCUUCGUCAAGCUUCAUAACUGCAAUAAGCUGAGAGAUUGGACAUUGGAGGAGAUGCACAGCUGGAUUGACGCCGAUGAUAGAGGCAAUCAUGAUGCUGAUGACCAGGAACAAGGGCUUCUUGAUGCAGAAGGCCCCAACUACGUACAAAGGCAGGGACCUGCAAGUUGCAUGUUAUCACGGAUGCAUCGGGGCGGCGAUGUGAUUCUCCCGAUGAGAUCACCAAAUGGUCAGUCAGGCUGA